UUAGAAGUCCUUGAUGUAAGGGAAGCAGACGAUGGCUGAGAAUUCCUAGCCUAGGAGAUAACAUGGCAAUUGUUUUGAUUCUGCAUGGCUAGGUCUGAUCGCGGAUGUGCUCGGGUGGAUGAACUCGACGCUCCGCUGCUCAUGCCUGCCUCAUUUUCAAGUUUUCAGGCAAUGGUAACAAAGAGUGGCUCUAGUAGUGAGCUGGGAAUAGUGAGCCAGUCGUGUCCUGUGUUCAGGAACCCAGAUGUUAUAAAGAAACGCAGCUGCUAAAAGAAGUAUCUGUCCUUUAACUCUCCAAUGUCCUCUGUCUGAUGAGUUUUAGUUUGCUCCUACUUUCACCUGAGAUUGUUUUCCUCGCUGCCAGUAUACCUGAAUGCUAAGCUCCAAAUGAUUAUAAGCACUGCCCAGAGACUGAGCGUGGCAGGAGAUCUUCUCAUUGGGAGUUCAUACGCUGCCAACACUUCAGCUAUGGUCACCCAGAGCCACAUCACAGAGGCCACCACCUGGAUUCCAGGGGACAGGAAGCGUGCCAGAGAAUUUAUAGAAUCUGACUUUUCUGAAAGUAAAAGAAGCAAAAGAGGAGAGAAAAGUGGAAAGGGCCUGCGGCAUUUCUCCAUGAAAGUGUGUGAGAAGGUUCAAACCAAAGGGACCACAUCCUAUAACGAAGUGGCAGACGAGCUGGUGGCAGAGUUUACAAAUGCUGCUGGUCACAUGCCCACUGAUUCUGCUUAUGACCAAAAAAACAUCAGGAGGAGGGUAUAUGAUGCCCUGAAUGUACUGAUGGCUAUGAAUAUUAUUUCCAAAGAGAAGAAAGAAAUCAAAUGGAUCGGGUUACCCUCUAACUCAGUCCAGGAGUGUGAAACGUUGGAGAUGGAGAAGCAAAGAAGAAUAGAACGCAUUAAACAGAAGAGCGCCCAGCUGCAAGAGCUGCUUGUGCAGCAAAUCGCCUUUAAACACCUUGUUCAGAGGAAUAAACAGAACGAGCAGCAAAGCCGUUGCCUCCCUGCUGGAAAUUCCACCAUAAAAUUACCUUUCAUCAUUGUCAACACCAGUAAAAGGACCGUCAUUGACUGCAGCAUAUCCAGUGACAAGUUUGAAUACCUUUUUAAUUUUGAUAAUGCCUUUGAAAUCCAUGAUGACAUUGAAGUCUUGAAAAGAAUGGGAAUGUCCUUUGGUCUAGAGUCUGGAAAGUGCACAUCAGAGAAUCUAAGGCUUGCCAAGUCCUUUGUACCCAGAGCCCUUGAAGGAUAUGUCACAGAAAUUGCUACAGGAAGCUCAUGGGCAGAUCAGAGUUUUAAUUCCCAGACUGUUUCUUCUGCAGGGAAUACAACUUGCACAACCACAAACUCCCAGGCAAGCUUAACCUCGGGCUUAUACUUUGACUCUGAAGUGUCCCUGACCACAAGCAGUCACCAUUCAAGCUCAGGAACGUCACACUACACAGAGUCGCGAGGGGAGACCCCCUGUUGGUUUGAUGACGAUGAAGAUGACGAAGACGACUCGUCCUCCAUGGAGUAGGAAGGAGAUUACACGCGUGGGGAUCCUUAUGCCGUUGGAACUUCCAUCCCAGCAGGGGGAGUAGAAUUAAGCGCUGUCCUGGGAUUUCACAACAGAUAAGAUUUAUAUAAUAGUGAUCAGAAACUCUGAACCCUUCAAUCAACAAGAUGUUGUCUCCUCAGAUUGGAUGUCCCCAUAUUAAUUGUUAUUUUGUUGAAGAAAAGAAGUUUUUCAGACUUGAUUCAUUUGGAUCAAAAAAAAGGUGAUUGAAUUUUCUUUCCAUUAUGAACCUGAGCGGUCCGACCAAGGCCUGACUCGGUAAAUACACAUAGUCCUGCCAGGGAGGAUCCACUGAAAGCUUUAGCCAUUGCCAGUAAUUUAAGAGGAUGUCCUGCUAUCUGUGAUAUGAGACUGCUGCUAUUAUGCGAUUGCUGCAAUGAUUGGGGGAAAUCAGGAGAGAAGAACCACGUACCUGUCUGUAACCUGAAUGUUACAUGUGUUAAACACUGGAAAGUUUCUCUUGGAGAGAGAAGAUGGAUGUCGGCCAAUUCUGUCUUGGAGGGAGCAGUUUGUAUUCAACAGAGAUACCUUAUUUCAUUAUUCAUAGUAAUAUGACCUACAAGUCAUUUGCUCUAGAGCCUCCUUGCUUCAGUGAGGGUAGAGCGGGUGCUGUGGGGGUUGGCUGGAUGUUAAAGCCCAUUUGUUGUCACUUUUGACUUCCUGAAAGGUCAUGAAGUAAUUGGUUGCUUUCUACACACCCAGCUGCUUGGUGUUCUGUGGCUUUCUAGCCACCUUCUGCUGAGGGAGCUUGGUGGUGGGUAUGUGAUGAGACUAUAUGUCCAUUGAGUCACAUGUUGCGCUAAAUUUCCUUGAGUUGUAUGAGCAAAUCCAUGGGUCUCACAUUAAGUAAAUUCCUGUUAUUGAAA